GUGUGAGCAAAGGUAUCGGCACGGAGUCAACGACAAUGAAGAAUCUAAUCAUCGCAAUCGUUCUGAUUAGCCCCUGCUUGGGGGACGUGUCACAUAUUUUAUCAGAAUAUUCAACGACCACGACGCCACCCCCACCACCCAAACCUUACAAGUUUCAAUACCAGGCAGGACGAUAUCCUGGAACUGUCGAUCGAAUUCAUCAAGAAAGUGGAGACGGUUCUGGGCACGUUCUAGGUUCUUAUUCUUUCAUCGAUCCCAAACACAAAGUACGAACGGUGCAAUACUCGGCUGAUGAAAGUGGAUUUCAUGCCUCCUUAAUAAAUUAUGAAGACACAGUUACGCAACCUGUCGAUUCUGAAGCAGUGAGGCUUGCUAAAGAGAAGCAUUAUCGACUUUACCAGAAGAUCGCUGCAGCAAACGCUCACGGUGUUCCGGCUAAUCUCCCGCGAGAUUCCGCGAGCGUGGGGAGAGCGAAGGACAGGCAUGCUCAGUUGUAUCAGAAGAUUGCUGAGGAACACGCUGCGAUCGCCGCUCAAAGAGAAACUGAACGAUUGGCUUACGAGGCCACUUCUGCCGUUAACGAUGUAAAUCUUAAUCAUGGAUAUUGAUGUCACUUUAUGAUAAAAAUAAGGCUGAGGACAUGACAAUGUGGAUUGACCUAAAAUAACAAUUUUGUAUCACUUUACAAUAAGUCUAAUCGUUAUGACAAUCUCUUCCAGAAUGACUUGUCUUUUGUAUUGUCUAUUUAUAAAUGUUGUAUCUAAGAAUUCGGAUGGCAAGUCUAAAGUAGAGAGAUUUGUUUGGCAUUAUAGGUAUUAAAACUACAAUGCUAUUACUUAUUACUUACUACGAAUGCGGCAGAGUAACAUGACAUAGAA